AUGGGUCAAAUUACAGGAGACCAUUUAAUUGAUAUUUCUGUUGGCCCUGCUAUUCACCAUCUGUUGCUCAUUUUUGAGUUUUUCAAAGGCAUAACUAUUUUAGAAUGUAGUGAUUACUGUGUGAAUGAACUGGAGAAGUGGAAGACUAAAGAGUCAGAUUGUUUUGACUGGACCCAUGCCUUAUCGAUUAUGGAAAAAUUGCAAGGUACAAGCUUCAAAGGCGAGGACAUAGAAAACACUUUAAGAAGAAAAAUUUCACAUAUUUUGAAAUGUGAUUUCACCAAGGAAAAUGUUACAGAUCCGGUUGUUUUACCAAAAGCCGACUGUGUGCUCAGUAUGUUUGUCUUGCAUGUAGUUUCUGAUGACCACAAUGAUUACUGCAGGAACCUGAAAAAAAUAUCAUGCAUGCUAAAACUGGGUGGGCAUCUACUGCUAUUUGGAGUAUUUAAUGGAACGUAUUACACCGUAGGUGAGAGCAAAUUUCAUGUAUUAACAUCUGAUGAAAAGUCCAUAAAGGAUGAUCUAAGAGAAGCAGGAUUUACUAUUGAACACCUGGAGGUGAUAGAAAGCAAAACACACAAUGAUACAAUAGAUAUUGAACAUGUCUGGCUUAUUAAGGCAUUAAAAGUCAACGAUGUUUUUGUUUAA